AUGGGAAGUUUCUGGCUCUUUCUUCUGAUUGGAGGUGCCGCCUGUCGGAUUAUUCCAAAGUCGGAAGGUGGACCCCUCAGCGAGCAGGAGAACAAGGUCCUUUUUGAGAAAUGUGGGCGGUUCGUGUCAGGUUUGGUCAAGAGUUUGUGUGAUUCUUGGAAAUUAAACUGCAGGAAAUUCGGUUGAAGGAGCCCCUUGGACCGCUUUCAUUGCCAGAGCCAACAGUUAGCUUCCCCUUAACUUGAAAAUCAUGGAAAUUGACGGUUUAGAAGACGAAGUCAAGCUGUGGGGCACUGGAACUUUAAUCUCACCGCGUCAUGUCCAUUCAGUCCAGAAAAUCAUGGGCGGUACGCGGGGCGUAUGCCAGAUUAGGUAAUAUCCCGUCUAGGAAAAGUUUAGGAGGUCCCGAUAGGGGUACAAAUGUGGUCCCAUGUAGCCCCCGCCCCUAACUCAAUUCCUAUUGGGGCCCCUAUAGGGGUUGAAUUAAAAGGGGCCCCUAUAGAGGAUAGGAUCAAAUUUUGAUAGGAAUUCGCUUCCUCAUAUUCGUCCCCCACUCUUCCAGCCCCCCAAACUCAACUCCUAUUGGGACCUUAAAAAUCUGGCUCAGGGCCCCUAUAGGGGUUGAAUAAAAAGGGCCCCUUAUAGGGGUAGGAUCAAAUUUUGAUUGGAGUUCGCUUCCUCAUAUUCGUCCCUCACUCUUCCAAACAACGCCCCUUAAAUAUUUUUUGAAAAAAUAUAUUCCCUAUAGGGGUCCCGAAUCGUUUACGGGGUUCAAGGGAACCCUAUCGGGACCUCCUAAACUUUUCUUAGAUAGUCCAUUCUUGUUGCGGUUCCCGCGCGGCUCCUUGGCGGGAAACGGGAAUUUGAGAGUGCAGCUUUUAUAGAAUUUUAGUUGAUUGGAACAUAAGUAACAAAAAAAAAAAUGACGGAAAGGCUGUCAGAAGAAGAGAAAACAAGAAACAAAAAAGGAAGCUUGCGUUUAAAUUUUUGAAUUUUCCCGCCAAAGGCCGUAUCGCGACCGUAACAAGACUCUAAAUGUAAUAACCACCUUUUAAGUCAGCAUGAAUUAACCAGUAGAUGUUCAUUUUUCGAAACGUUGCAGUAAAAACAACACCUGCGGCCUGGACCCUGCGGAUUUCACGGUCCGUUUGAAUGACAAUAACGCAAAAGAUCAUCCCCUCAAUGUCAAAAAAGUACACUUUUUCCUGUUUUCUGUGGUUCAUGUACUUUUAUCCCAAGGUCUAUGUUCAAAAAGGUGCUGGAGGUUCCGGAAAAGAUGAGGUCAUUUUUGAACUGUCCGAAGAUGUCUCUCCAGACUUGAACCCUGCCUGCACUCCCACUGGUAAAAUUUUUCAGAUUGAACAUUUUUCGGAAUUUUUGAAGGCGAGAAGCUGAAUCUUCGGAAGAAAGCUUUGGUCCAUACCUUUUCCUGCGAUUGUUGCGGAAUUUGUGCUCCAGGCAUCGAGAAAUCCGAGAAAAUCACCUAUGACGUGUUGGAAUGA